UAAUAAGAAAUGAAGGCCUGUGGAUGCUUUGUGUGGACAGCAGCACUGCUCUGUGCUCAGGAAUACUUUUACUAUUCCUACAGCCUUUCGUUCAGUUAAGAUUCCAUGAAUGCAAAUCUGUUCGGGCUAUUUACAGAAUUGCAAUGAAUUUCUGCAGAAUUCCUCACUGUACUAGUUCAGCUUUAUAGACUGCACGAGCAAAAGGUGAGAAAUGAAGUGCCUCCAGCUCGGACCCUGUUUGCUCUUACUGUUGAGUGGAUGCGAUGUCUGAGAGAAGGCGAAGGCUUGUGCUGGAUACACACAUCAGCAUUUCAUUCAUUCGCUCUGGACCUUGUUUGGCAUCCUCUCUGGCCAUCGCGAUUAUGCUCCUCUUUAUUUAGUGCAGCAUCAUUUAGAAUGAAAUGAUAAAGAAGGAAAUGAAUGAAAUGAUAAAUGGGAUAUAGGUACUGGAUGUCCCCUCCCCCACCACCCCGUUUACGGAUGGUCCGGUUAUAGGCGUCUUUUCUUCCAUACAAGAUAAACAUAAAAGCGAAUUCCGGUGCACGGACGGAUAUUUCUCACGUCCCGGCGUUUCUCGAGGUCUGAUUGCGUUGCCUUGUGUGUCGCGAGGUGAUGCACACAGCUGAGCACGGGGAUUCGCGCGCGCACGCCAACCGAAGCUGUUCGUGGUGCUGAAGGCGGCUGAGAGAGCGCGCGACGAAGCUGAGAGGAGCAUGGCCGCCGGCAAGCUGCUGCUCUACGCCGGUCUCUCUCUGUCCCUGUGCGCGCUAGGCAUGCUGGCCGUGGCCGUGUGCUCCGACCACUGGUACGAGACGGACGCCAGGCGCUAUCGCGAGCGGUGCCGAAGCUUCUCGAGCCGCCGCAAGGACCCGGGUUUCAUCUACAUCCCCAACAACAGCCUGCCGCUGCGCGCCAGCCGCUCGCGCCUCGACCGCUGGGAAGGCAAGCUGCUCGUGACGCGCAACCGACGGCAGCUUUUCGCCAUGAGCGCCGCUGACGAGUGCAGCCGCCAGUACAACUCCACCAACAUGGGCCUGUGGAGCAAAUGCCACCGCCUCGGGUUCGACCAGGACAUCGAGGACCUCAUUCGCAAAGGUUCCAUUGCACGAUGCUCCUAUAUCAAGUACCACUACUCCUCAGCCACGAUACCCAAGAAUCUGUCCUACAACAUCACCAAGACCAUCCGGCAAGAUGAGUGGCACUCCUUGCACCUGCGCAGGAUGACAGCGGGCUUCAUGGGCAUGGCUGUGGCCAUCAUCCUUUUCGGCUGGAUCAUUGGCAUGCUCGGCUGCUGCUGGGACCGAGGCCUCAUGCAGUAUGUGGCGGGUCUGCUCUUCCUCAUGGGCGGUACCUUCUGCAUCAUCUCGUUGUGCACCUGCGUAGCGGGAAUUAAUUUUGAGCUUUCCCGCUAUCCGCGCUACCUGUACGGCCUCCCAGACGACAUCAGCCACGGUUACGGCUGGUCCAUGUUCUGUGCCUGGGGUGGCCUGGGCCUGUCGCUCAUCGCCGGCUUCUUCUGCACGCUGGCUCCCUCCGUUCAGCCGAUCCCACGCUCCACCUGCCCCAAAUCCCGGCAAGAAAAUGGCACAGUGUGUUAAGCGGAGGCUUCCGACAAAGCCACCGUGCAGCCACGUGCUGAGUGGAAAACAUAUAAACAAUAAGACGACUGAUUAUCAAAACCAUACAUUUGUUCCCGAGUCAUUUCUGAUCUCACCAAUCAGACGCCAUUUUCUUGUGACCUUGCAAAUAAGUAUCCUGAUCGUUCCAUGACAAAAAAAAUAGAUGAAAGCCAGUAUGUUACUGAGAUACUGAAAUGGAGAUACUACACAGGAACUUUCAGGAUUAUCUCUCUUUCCCGUAACAACACUGGGAAGGGCAGCAGGAAACGGCGACUAAUGGAGACUUGUACAUCAGUAUGUGAAAAUACAGCAGCAUGAAACUUGAAAGGUGUGUAAGAGUUUCUAGCUGUUCUUAGUUGUCUCUUUAUUGCUAAAUUGGUGCUUUGGGGUUGAAAAAAAUCCCAAUAUAGUAUAUGUGUUUUGUGUUUGAAGAGCUACUGAACUGGAGACAGUGCCAAUCUAUAUCUAAGGAGGGUUACAGUGCAAAUGACAGUAGAAACAUUUUGGAGCAAUGGAUUCUGUGAUACAAAUAGACCAAUAUAGUUAUAGUGAACUGGAGCAGCACUGGAUACUGGACACAACCACAAGCCCUUUAGUCUGCAGACAAGAAAUCGGUACUUUAAGAGAACAUUUGGAGGAAUGGGACACAUCUGCUGGUGCCAGUAUCUCUCUACUGCUAUACUGCAAAUUGUAAAGAAUAUUCCAGAACAAAUCAUUACCAUGAGGAGAGAUUUGGGAGAGUUUCAUUUCUUCCAUCCUCCAACAGGAUCAUUUAAACGUUUUUAACACGGUACUCCACCUUUUUUUUUUUUUUUUUUGUCUGCUUGAUUUUUUUUCUUUAAUUGACAUGUACCAUGAAUGGGUGGGACUGUAUAUGUGUGUAUCUGUCCUCCAUUUUGCUCUUACUGAUAAAUGUUUGUGUGGGAGGGUGAGUGUUUAGUUUCUGUAGAGAAAUGGAGGGGAGAAACAACAGUGUCAGAAAAAAAUGAAAAUGCCAGAAAUUUUAAACACAGUAGGUUAGUUCUUUGAUAAACAGAAAAAAAGAAUUAAAAAGGAAAGAUGCCAUAUCUCGUUUGGAAAGAAGAAAGCACAGAUUUCGUUGAGACAAAGACGAGUCAGCAUCACAGUAACUGUCUGUGAGAUGGCACUUAUUCCAUUGGACUGGAAGAAGCCCUCUUUAAAGCUAGCUUCCAGUUAUUGUGACGCUCCAUUUUAAUGGGCUCAUUAAAAGGACACAGUGUUUGCAUGCUUCUUAAUUACAAGAGACAUUAGUGACAGAGAAAUUGUGGCACCUUUGCCAAAAGAGCUUCAGAAUAGAGGACGAGAGCAGCCAUUAAAUAAAGCACAAGCUUAACACGACCUAUAAAGCCUGAACACUGUUGGGCCCUUUCUAUCCCAGAUCAAGCUGUGAUGCUCACCCUCAUCUGCUUGCUUUGCAUUCAAUUUCAUUUCCCUCGAUAUCAAUUAUUAAUGUCCUGAGAAAAUGGUGAAGUGUGUCUAAAAAGCUCACUCCCAUCUCAGAGAAAGUGUCUUCAGUCUCAGCAUGGCUUAAUUGUAUAGUGGAAGGCUGUGCUGUGGAGUCUCUCAUGUCUACAGUCAAUCUGAAACACUAGGCCAUGUGCUCUCAGUCAGUAAGUAUAGGACUAAUGCACACCUGCCAACCCUGAAGAAGAAUAAUGUGUAGUCCCACUGAAAGGGGGAGCAAAAAUGAUGUAAACACUACAAAACUAUAAUUAUAUUUUCAAUAUAUUACUUUUACAAAUCUCUUGUAUAAUCUCUUUUGUAGAAACCAUGAAAUAUUUCCACACAUCCAACAUUUGUCACUGUUUAUCUGCAGCUCAAUAUUUUGCCUGACAGGAGAGCAAACAGCAUGUUUAAUCACUUUCUAAUCAAGAUUACUAUUAGAAGUAUUUGUAAAGUGGUAGAUUUGACAUUUUGUUGUAGGCCUAAUUAAUCUUCUUUUUUUGUGUCAAAAAUUUAUGCCAAAAACCAAAACUCAAUUCAGUCUUUCUUUCUUUCUUUCUUUCUUUAUUUAUUUAGCCUUUUUUUUUUUAACCUAAAAUCUGGAUAUACAGUAGAUUAAGAUUUAGAAUCCGUAAUGAGCAAGGAAAAACUCCCUGAGAUGACAUGGGGAAGAAAGCUUGAGAGGAACUAACGAGCCCAUCCUCUUCUGGGUCACACUGGAUUGUGCAAUUAUGAGUCAUUAUUCUUCCAAUAUAACUCUUCCAGUAUUGACCAUAAAAUCAAACAGUACUGAGUGUGUUGACAGGAUCAUCAGUUUGAGGGUCAUUAAUGAUUUCAGUUUUUUAGCUUUAGAAAUAAAAAGUGACCAUUUUGUCAGCAGAAAGUUUUUGGUGGCUGAAGUGUCGGUGCAUCCCCAAUAAAUAUAGUUACGUGUUGUUAUCCACAUGUUAGCUAAGCCAAACGUACAUUGAUAGAUUUUAUUUCACAUUAAUGAACUCAAAAUAUUCUCGGUUUAGUUUGACAGAAAGCGGGGGCUCUGCAUCAGCACAUCUUUCAAGCAGGAAAAUCAAGUCGAGACCAAAACACCGGCCAAAACAUUACUAAUGUGAGAUGAGGGAAAGGAGGAGGGGCUUCCAGCAGGCGUGGGUUAAUAUCAGAGUCUAAUACACCUACGCAACUGUCAAUCAAUGGGGGGAGGGGGGGAGACUGGUCUUUUGGCAUAUUUUUGAGUGAUUUCUUGUUCUAGUAUACUUUGAUGUGAAAAUACCUAAACAAAAUGCAUAAGGGUUGGCAGGUCUGCUAAUGUGGGUGAACACAAUAUGAAGAACAGCUUGGGUCUUCGUCCAUCUGCGCUCUGUGGUCUGGAGCGUAAGGAAGUUUGGAUGCAAGAUGAUAACGCAGUUAGCUAUGAAAUUACAUUAGCUCAACCUAUAGGACCAGAUGGAAAACCAUGUCCCUGAUUGCUAUAUUACUAUAUACUCACAACUGCAAAGAUGUGUAUGGAAAUCUGGUCUCAAAGGAAAAUUGUAUAAGCCCAUCUGGUCUUAUAUAAGAUGGUGUUCCUGGACACACUUAAAAGGAAAAAUAUUUAGGCUAUUUCAGUCUGCGAGGAUUAUGCAACCAGGCAUUGAUAUAAACAGGGUCGCAUCCAUUCCUCACUGGUGAAAAGCAGAUGAGCUCUUUCCCAUCAUUUCUUAUCCGGAGGCUGCAGGCCAGCACCACUACAUCUGCUUUCCCAUAGCUAGGAAACAAACAUUACAACAUCAUACAUCAGACAAAUCUCAUUUUUCACACACAUCAUUGACUUCCAUCUUUAAAAAAAAAAAAAAGCGUGAGGCCAGUAUAGACACACUUGACUUAGGGUUCAGAUGAAUUAAUGAAUGAAUUAAAUGUAGACAUUUCAGAAACUUAUCAAAGAUCAGGCCAAGAUGGUUCACAAUUUUACCCAUUAUCUCAACAACCCAAAGUUGUAGUCAUAGUCAGUACAUACGUCCCAGAUUGUAAUAUUUCUGAUUCUACUACACUGAAGCAACUAUUUUAUUAAUAAGAGACAUAUGGUACAUUCAGCAUUUAUGGGACAUUCAGAUCCAAGCUGUGUUCAUCAAUCCAACACUGGAAAAGAAUUUCUAGACAUAUCAUGUCAUCACUCCAUCCAACUAAUGUCUGUGUUUACAUGAAAGCAGCCAAACGGGCGUAUUAUGUCUUUUUGUUUAAAGAACAAGCAUUUGGAUGUGUGGGUAUAACGUUCUGAGUGAGUGAGAAUAUAUUUUUCCUCCAUAUGUUGUAAAAUAUUAGCAGGAUAACAGAAACUGCAACUUUCAUUUUUAUGAGACAAUUACAAUCUAAGGACUUAUCGAAUCUUUUUCAUCAGUAAUGUGUCUGUUGCAUAAAUCCAAAAAAUGUACAAAAAAAUUAAGAAAAAAAAAAUCCUGGAAAUGUUAAAACUGUGGAAUGUAAAACCAUAAAAUAAAAUGUCAUUGGUGUGUUUAUUUGUAUGGCCUUUUCCCUUUACACACUGGAAAGUGCACAAUGGCAGCUUUUGGAAACUGAUUGCUCAUGUGCUGUGGAGAAAGAACGAAAGAAAGAAAAAAAAGCUCAAAAUAAAUGAAGUUCAUAUUGAACCAGAAGUCAGCUUAGGCCUUGUCCCAGUAUUAUACUCCUACAUUACUACAACAACAACAAUAAUAAUAAUAGAAUAAUAUAUUUAAUAUGUGUAAAUGCUUUGCAUAUUAUGCAGAAUGCCCAGACUGGUUACAGCUGACAGGAAGGCUAUGGAAACUCACACUUUUUGCAAACGUGGUGAGCAGAAAAGCAUCUCAGAAUGCACAACCCAGAACCCUGAGGGGAAUGGGUGGAGACAGACAGAAACAUGGCACAAAAAAAAUAUAGAAUUUAUUUGUAAACUAAAUAAUAUGUCAAAUUAAUACACCACAACGAAUGUAAUGUGUUAA